GCUCAGGUUCCAAUGAUGUCCCCAAAUGGUUCAGUGCCUACUAUUUAUGUGCCUCCUGGAUAUGCCCCACAGGUUAUUGAGGACAACGGUGUUCGAAGGGUUGUGGUGGUUCCUCAGGCUCCAGAAUUUCAUCCUGGUGGUCACGCAGUGAUACACAGGCCUCCCCAUCCCCCACUGCCUGGCUUCCUUCCUCUUCCAGCCAUGAUACCCCCUCCACCACGUCAUAUAUACUCACCCGUGACUGGAGCCGGUGACAUGGCAACGCAGUACAUUCCACAGUAUCACACCUCACAAGUAUAUGGGGAUCUGGAUACUCUGCCUGCUCAUGGAAGAUCCAACUUUAGAGAUGAAAGGUCUAGUAAAACAUAUGAAAGGUUACAAAAAAAAUUAAAAGAUCGUCAUGGAACUCAGAAGGAUAAGUUAAACAGUCCUCCAUCGUCUCCUCAGAAAUGUCAUUCUCCUAUAAGUGAACAUAAUGGACUUACAAAAGGACAGGAUGCAGCUGGUAUAAGCACAGGUUCUACCAAAAGCAAGUCUUUGAGUAAAGGAAAAAGCAAUUCUCAGACAGACAUAGAAGUAGAAGGUAAGUGUUAACAAAAA